UUGAAACCACUGCCAUUGCCUUGUCUGAUUCCAGAGUGUGACCCAGCUGGGGUCACAGCAUCCUAUGCUAUGUGGGUGGUGCUUAGGACCCAGUAGAAUUCUCUUGGUGAGUGACAGACUGUGCUUUAAAAGGCCAGGCAGAGCCCAGAUGUGACAGCCUGUGCCAGUAUCCACACGCUGAAGAAGCAGCAGAAGACGUUGCCUUGCCGCCUUAUUCCAGGUGUGGAAAAUCUAUUUAGCAGUGACUUUCAGAGGAGGAAGAGGAGGGGGCAACGUCUUCCUGGGGAUUGUGUGCAUCCUCCCUGCAUCUUUUCUCCCUGCACCUUUCCCCUCCAUGGAGUAUCAUCAGCUGAGGGCUCUCUUCCCCACCCCACCCCCCUGAGUGAAGAAGGACAUUGACUCCACAGACAAAGCAGAUCAUUGUAAAUAGGACGAUACUCUUUGCUUCCUGGUACAGGGGAGCAUCCCCAGCCUACUAUCGAAGGGAGAGAAAGGAUACUGGGGAGAAUGGAGACCUGGUGUGGCUAGCUUGAAUCCAUUGCCAGGACAGGACAAAUAGUGGAGGCUAAGUGCACAUUGUCCUCAUCAGCCAGUUAUGAAGAACUCACUGAACAAGAGGAAGCAAAAACCAGGGCUGCUGUGGUCCACCCAAGAACUUCCCAGUGCACUUCUCUUGGAGAUAAAGAACUACGAGAAGAGAAGAUGGUGUCAGUGACAGAGGAUCCAAGCAUAUACUGGUGGCUCUUGCAGGUAAGGCUCAGGCGGCUUUGAAAAAGACUUCAGAUACAAUGGUCAACAGAACGAGGAUUAACUCUACCUAUGGACUGGAUGCAGCUGGUGUGUCCCAGUUCCAAGAAGCGAUUGGUAUUUUCUUCAUGGUCAUGCUGAGUGUCAUUGCUUUGGUUGCCAACACAGCGGUCAUGGUUGUCAUCCUCAAGACACCUCUGCUAAGGAAGUUCAUUUUUGUCUGCCACCUCUGCCUGGUGGACCUCUUGUCUGCCAUUUUCAUCAUGCCUCUGGGGAUCAUUUCCAGCUCAGCCUGCUUCAACCGAGUACUGUAUAGUAUUGCUGAAUGCCAGACCCUGAUCUUCCUGAACGUCUGUUUCAUCAGUGCCUCCAUCCUCACCAUCUCUGUAAUCAGCAUUGAGCGCUACUACUACAUUGUCCACCCAAUGAGGUAUGAAGUCAAGAUGACUACUGGGUUAGCAAUUACUGUGGUGGCUUUCAUCUGGGUGAAGUCUGUUCUUGUGGCUGCCUUGGCGCUGGUUGGCUGGCCCCAAGAUAAUGGUGCCAGCAGUGCCAGCAAGUGUACUGUUUGUUGGAGCCCUGGAGCCCACAAAAAGGUAUUUGUGAUCAUCUUCAGCUUCCUUUGCUUCAUCGUGCCCACUGUUAUCAUCUUUGCUGUCUAUGGCAGCAUCUACAAAGUAGCCCGGAUUGCUUCCUCACAGCAUGCACCUCAGCCCGUCCCAUCUUGGACUGCCACCAUACCCAGACAAAGAUCAGACUCCCUUCACAGCCAGGUUACUAUAAUCACAACUAGGAAUGUGCCACCCAAGUUGUCACCAGACCGCUGGUUUGGGGGGAAUAAAGCUGCCUUGACCUUGGUCCUCAUUGUUGGCCAAUUUCUCUUUUGCUGGCUUCCAUUUUUCUCCUUCCACUUAAACUGCUCCCUCACCUCUCCUGCCUCAAUAUCUAGUUAUAGUGAGAUUGUUGUGACCUGGCUUGCCUACUCCUCUUUUGCUAUCAACCCUUUUUUCUAUGGGCUACUGAACCGUCAAAUCAGGGAGGAGCUGGCCAAGCUGGGACGACAUUGCCUCAGCAAGCCUUUGGGCCAAGAACUGUGCAUCUCCAGUCCAGAAGGCUCAAUCCAUGAGAACUUCCUCCAGUUUCUGCAAAGGACCAGCUGUACAACUGAGACCCGUUCUAGCUAUGUUAAUUCCAGCCCCAGGAACACCUUGGACCAGACUGCAAUGGGAUUUAGAAUUCCUGGACAAAUCCCUGAAGAAACCAAUUGACCAAAGGACAAUACAUUCAUGUCCCUGCCUCCAUUUCUUCCCAAUCAUCUCUGAUUUAAGAGGAAGAAGAGAAGGUGCAGGGCUCUGGGAGAACAUCCUGAGCCUCCUUUGUGGAGGAAAUCUGCAGCUGAACAAUUACUUUUCUCUCUAAUAAGGAGGCAAAUGUGAUUAAAUGGGUGAUGAUAAUUCCCGUCCAACCCAUUCUUAACAACCUAUCAGGGACCAGUAUGUAAUACUGAAUUCAGAUUAAAGAGACAGUAUUGUGCAUAAGGACUUUCCAGAAAAUCCCUCCAAAGUUCUUAUUGAAAGCACUAAUGUUCUGUUACAUACCUACCAGAACCAAUGGUGCUAUUCCUCACUGAUCCUGUAAUGAAAGGGGGAUGAUCUGACUUUGUAGCAGAUAGAAAGCCAGGUUGUUUUAUAACUGUUUUAAGGUGUUUUUCAAAAUCCAUUGUAUACUGCAGGGUCUAAAUUAUUUUGUUAGUCUGGACUCAAGUAGUCCCAUUGAAUCAAUUGGAUUUUCCUACUGUCUAUUCAACAGUUGAGUCAAUGGGUCUACUCUAGUUGGGGAUUAACCGACGGGAUUUCAGUCCAGUGUUGAAGAGAAGAACUGCCCAACUUCCAGAGUACUGGCAGUGAUAGCUCACUUUAAAUGCUUCAAAGGUGCACAGAUCAGGAAAGAGAGAACUGUCAUAUCCAUCACAUACUCAUGUUAUUAGUCUGGAGCAACCACAGCCCAUGUAGGAUGUAUUGAUGUGAACAGAAAGUGAAAAAUGCAUUUUCCCAACACCUUAAUACUGUUAUACGGGUGUGAAGAAGUUUUCGUUUCCUCAGCAAUUGAGAGUUAAGUGGGAGGAUUUUCUUGAUCGAUAGUAAGUCAGUAACUCCUGUUUACUCCUUCUAUAAAAGUCAUAUUUCCAGGAAGUGUUCUAAUAUGGUUGCCCUGGAUAGUGGCGUCAUUAGAGAAGUGUGGAUGUGGUGGACCAUAUUGAGUCACACAGUUCGAGGGGGCGACAUCAAAAUGACUCAAUUUUUUGUGCAGUGUUUCAACUAAAUUUUUUAAUAUUUAUUUUUUAAAAUCCUUGGUGUCAUGUUAUCUCCAGGACAUAGGUUUAUAGUGAGCCUCAAAGCUGUGCACUCUCCGCCUCAUGCCACCAGUUGUGCUGGGCCUUAAACUCUUAAUAACUGCCUCAGUUCUCUUUUAGCAUCACACCUUAUUUCUUUUGCUGCACAUAACUUCCUCACUUGACGCGUGGGGAGGUGACGCUAUGAGUUACUGCACUUCCUCACUUGACGCGUGGGGAGGUGACGCUAUGAGUUACUGCACUACAUGACACCAACCCUUUUUUCUAUGGGCUAUUGAACUGUCAAAUCAGGGAGGAGCUGGCCAAGCUGGGACGACAUUGCCUCAGCACGCCUUUGGGCCAAGAACUGUGCAUCUCCAGUCCAGAAGGCUCAAUCCAUGAGAACUUCCUCCAGUUUCUGCAAAGGACCAGCUGUACAACUGAGACCCGUUCUAGCUAUGUUAAUUCCAGCCCCAGGAACACCUUGCUACUAGUGACUCUAGUAGCAUCACUAGUCUUGGACACUGAAUCAUAGAAUAGCCUGCAAAGGCCAUUUAGUUCAACCCUUUAAUUCUUGGGAAUAUGCAAUUAAAGUAUUCCUGGCAGGUGCCAACUCAACCUCUAUUUAAAGACUGCUGUAAAGAGAAAGUCCACCACUCUCUGAGGCAGUUUGUUUUGUUGUCCAACAGCUCUUAUGAUCAGAAUCUAUUAUAUUUGUGAGUUGAUGCUUGAAAGUUAUACAUGGGAAGGAGGUGAGUGUACUACUUAAAUCUUUCAGCAUCUAUGGGAAUUCUACAUGACUGGGGAUAUGAUAACAGAAGCCUCAACAAUGAACACAAAAAGGUCUUUUUGUGCCAAUUCCAUUUCUGCCUUUUGCUCACGAAUUUGCAAUACCAUAUUGCAGGUGUGCAAGGCUACUUCCCAUUCUUUGUUCUUUUGUUUGAUAGCAUAAAUACAAUGUCUCAAUGCACAGAUAAAUGUAAGUCUCUCCUCAUCGGAAGGCUGUGAUUAAAGCACUGGACAGCAUCCUGCAACUGAUCAUGGUCAUGCUGGUUGGGGAUGAUGGAAGUUGCAGUCUAACACAUUUAGAGGAAAUAGGGUUGGGGAAGACUCUUAAUGUCGUAUAUACAUUUGUGUGUGUGUGUGUGUGUACAGUAGAGUCUCGCUUAUCCAACAUAAAUGGGGGCUGACAGAACAUUGGAUAAGUGAAAAUGUUGGAUAAUAAGGAGGGAUUAAGGAAAAGCCUACUAAAUGUCAAAUUACGUUACGAUUUUACGAAUUAAGCACCAAAACAUCAUGUUUUACAACAACUUGAUAGAAAAAGCAGUUCAAAACAUGGUAACAUUAUGUAGUGAUUACUGUAUUUACUAGGGCUGGGCGGUUUCGUUUCGUAAUUUUGUAAUUCGUUAAAAAUUCGUUAUUUUUUUUAUAACGAAGCGAUAUUGAACCAUUCAGGAGCAUCUUAAAAACGAAACGAAUUUUUCAAUUCGUUUCGUAAUUGCUUCGUAUUCGUUUCGUAUUCGUUUCGAAAUCGUUUCGAAAUCGUUUCGUUAUUAUUUCCGCAUGUCUGGGGCAAGUUUUAUAGCUGUUGUUUGUUUAAUCAGUGAAAAAAAAUUAUAAAUAUCACACCAACAGUCAACAACAGAGGGAGAGGGAAGCUUCAAAAGUUCCCCCUGUCCCAUAUGGAGGUUUUUUAGCGUAUUGCGUGGUCGCGUCCGCCAUUAACAAAUUGAUUCGUAUUCGUUUCGUAUUCGUUUCGUAUUGUUUCGUAAUUUUACGAAAUUUCGUAAAUAUCGAACUUUUUUAAAGAAAAAUUUCGGAAUUCUUUUAAAUAUCGAAACGCAAAAACCCCCAAAAAACGAAUCGAGUUUAGAAACAAAUUUUUCCGUGGUUGCCCAGCCCUAGUAUUUACGAAUUUAGCACCAAAACAUGGCAAUGUAUUGAAACAGCUGUGGAUCUGGGUGCGAGGCAGACUGUGUUAGAUAAUACAGAAAGUUGGAUGAGCAAAGGUUAGAUAAGCGAGACUCUACUCUGUCUAUACACACACACAUACAUACACACGCAUACACACAGGGAAGGUCUGUGUGUAUAUAAUAUGUAUAUAUUCUAUACAAGAACCUUGGGAAUUUUGAUUUAAAAAGGGGCUGACGAUUUUUCAGUUCCUUACAGAGCCUCUUUGAUUCCCCAUAAAGACAGAAUUGAUUUUUAAAAGCAGCUUAAAUCUAGAACAUAGGUUUGCAAAAUAUUGACUGUCUUCUGCUUUAAAGCUGGGCAAUUUCAAAAAUAGUCAACUACAUAUUGGUGCUCAUGGAACACAGCUACUCACAAUAAGCCAUGUUUUGUGUUAAUCGUGGUUGUUUAAACUUUGAUUUGUACAGCAAACAACCGAAUUAACAGCGAUUUAUCCUCCCUAUUUCUUGCUUGUUUUUGCUGUCCCUUUUGUCAGGUUUUAUUUUAAGGUAACAUGUUGGUACUUGCAGCUGGUGGUGUCUCACCUGUCAGUGGCACAGUGAAAUCACUCUGGAUUUUAGUAUGAACUGUAAAGAUGUGUCCAUGGUACUGAACUCUAUCCCCUAAACAGAUUCAUCACCUUAGAUAGUUCUUAUAAAGUUCAGACUAAAUUCAAUGUCCCACAAACAUAGAAAUCGCCAGCCGUCACUAGCAGCAAGUCAUGGUUGUGAGUUUGGAUGUCAUAAUAAGAGACAGUUUAGACAAACCAGAAUUCAUAAAACAACAAAUCAUAGAUUUGGAUUUUGUAUUAUGGCUGAUUGACAAGCCAUUUUUUUUGGCAGGGGCAGAUUCAAAAAUCACAACAAGCCAAAUCAUAGUUUGUUAUGAUGUAUGAACACACAGCUUUUUGAACAGCAAUGGCUUCUGUGGGUAAAUAUGUUUCAGUUCUUCUGGGAUGAUCAGAGACAAGUUAACAAAAAGAAAAAAAAUAAGAAAAGAAAGAAAGAAAGAAACCGCACUGCAGGUCUUGUUCCCUCACCGAGGCAGAAAGAGAGCUGAUUCAUUCCAGAUGAGCAAAGCCUUUCGCUCUGUGCAGUUGUAUCAUUUGGUUCAUUGUGACCUCUAAGAGAGUGCAGCUGAAAUAGACACGCAAAGCUGGGAUCAAUGAGACAGCUCACAGUAGCAGGCCAAGACCGCACACUACCUGUCUGCCUCAAGGCACUUCUAGAGAGUCAGCCUUGAUCUAAAAUGAAAGCAAUCUCUUGAUUGGUUUGAUGUGACAAAUGCAGGCUGUCAGAGUAAAAGGGAGAGUUUGGGUCAAGGCAUUACUUGCUAUUUGUAAUGGGCAACUUCAUUUAUUUCACAGACAUAUGAUGACCCUAUCAAAUUCGGAGAUGCUGCUUAUAUAAAAUGACAGACAGUGAAUACAGGUUGAGUAUCACUUCUCCAAAAUGCUUGGUAUCAGAAGUGUUUCGGAAUUCGGAUGUUUUAGGAUUUUGGAAUAAUUAUAUUGUUAUAUAUAGACAUAAUCUUGGCGAUGGGACUCAAACCUAAAAAUAUACAUUUUAUAUACACAUAGCCGAAAAACAGUUAUUUAUAAUAUUUUUCAUAAUUUUGUUCAUGAAACAAAGUUUGUGUACACUGAACUAUCAGAAAGUAAUGGUGUCACUAUAUCAGCCAUCCAUGUGGAUAAUUUUAGUUUUGGAAUAUUUUAGAUUUUUGAAUUCUGGACAAGGAAUACUCAACUCGUAUAUGGUUUUGGCUUUCAUUCUAGUCAUGAAAUUUGUUUUAAAUGCUCACUGACUGACUUAAGCUGUAUACUUUAUCUCUGGAAGAACCAUUUCUACUCAUGUACAAGCUGACCUUGUGGAUAAGAUGAGGGCAGUUUUUGGAGCCAAAAUUAUGGAUAUGCUGAGAGCUAUUCUAUGGAAAAGGGGUCAGCUGCCCCUGUCUGCCACUGCCAUUUCCCACCCAGGCAUCAAAAAUGGCAAAAGCAGUGCUAUAGUGGAUAAUGUAGACGGAACCACUGCAUCUUUUAGGGAACUGGUUCUCAAACUAUGGGUCCCCAGAUAUUUUAACUUUCAACUCCUAGAAAUCCUAACAGCUAGUAAACUGGCUGGGAUUUCUGGGAGUUGUAGGCAAAACACCUGGGGACCCACAGGUUGAGAACCAUUGUUUUAGGAUCUCCCAGGAUGCAGGAAGCAUUUAUCUUUCGCCAUUCUGCUCAUGGAAGGGGAUGGUUCCUUUUUUUUGAAAAAUAUACUCUCCUUACAUUAGCCUGUGGAUAAGUCAACCCAUACAGUCAUGCCAGUGGCCACAUGACCUUGGAGGUGUCUACGGACAACGCCAGCUCUUCGGCUUAGAAAUGGAGAUGAGCACUAAUCCCCAAAGUCGGACACUUAAUGUCAGGGGAAAACCUUUACCUUUACUACAUCAACCCAGGUUUUUUGGGUAAAUUUUGACUAAAAAUUCUAGACUUAUAUAUAUGAAUAUAUAAGUUGUUGCACUGAAUUCAAGUAGACUUUCUUCCAUUUAAACUCAGAGAAAAAGUUACCUUUUUGGAAUUACCACUCUCAGAUACUCCUGGCCAGUAUAGCCAAAAAGUUAUUUUCCUAAACCUGAUCUGUGUGCAGACUACUGAGAUAGAAGAUUAGCAUAUUUAUCCAUAUUCAUGAGACCUAGCAGCAAGUAUGCAAUGCCUUUGAACAGAAGCCUCCUGCUGGACUAGUGAAGGAAGCAUUUUUAAUGAAAGAGGUGAAGAAGAGUGAUUGUAAGUGACUAUUUAGAGUUGUGAUUACUUUUAACAAUCUUCUGAUAAUAGAAACAAACCUUGAGGACAUUUCCGAGGACAUUUCAUUUUUGGUUUCUCUAUUUGCUUAGGGGCACACAUUACUCUGUUCCAUGUACGGAAUUAAGCUUCUGGCUAUGCAUGAAUCUACACCAGAUAUAGGAAUUGGGCAACCCCCCCCCCUCCACUAAUAUUGUUGGAUUGCAACUCCCAGUAUCUCAAACUAACAUAGAGGAAUAUUGGGAGUGGCAGUCCAACAGUAUUUAGUGGGUGACAUUCCCACCCUUGAUCUAAAUGUUCACUUCUAUACACAUGCAUGUAAAUGUUCACUUCAAUGUAAAGAGACACCAUGAUAUAAAUGAGUUGACUGGAAAGACGUGUAGGCAGCUGAUUGGCAGAGCAUGCCAGGAGCUGGAGUUCUGAUUGGCUGUCUCUGGAUUGCUGCUGAGACAAACUGUUUUAACUGCCAUUUUCACCCAAGAGUGGGAAGAGAGCCCUGACUGGAAAUAGCUAGGAAGGAAAUGGCUGUCAACUCUCAGAAACCUGAUUAUUUAUAAAGUAAAUGAGGCAUAUUUAAAAACUGUUUAAAGGGAUUGUUUAUUCCCUCUUUUCUCUAUGUGAAUUCAGAUAGACUGCUGUAUAUCUUGUUGCCCUGUUUGAUCUUUUGAAUGAAAGUAAAAAUACUGUUACUUGUUACAUGAGCCUGAGUGACACUUUAUUAUACUGCAGGGUAUAUCUUGGUUCAGAAACUGUGGUAAUGCUUCUGUUCAUUUACAUUUACAACCCCCAACAUGACCAUCACACUUUGGGCUUGAAAUUUAAUCUGAGUCUCUUGUGGUUGGGUUGUUGUAGGUUUUUCGGGCUAUAUGGCCAUGUUCUAGAAGCAUUCUCUCCUGACGUUUCACCUGCAUCCAUGGCAAGCAUCCUCAGGGGUUGUGAGAUCUCUUGUAGUUGACUCAACAAGCACAGAUCAGCAGAGGAGCAUGUCUUGGAAAAGGGGAAAAGUUAAAGAGCCCGCAAUUUCUUGAUGUGGCAUCUCUUAGCCAAUGUUGCCUACUUUGACUGGCGGAAUCUCUUCAGGGUCUCAAGCUGACAAGGGUCUUUCUCAUCACCCACGACUUGAUCCAUAGUGAGGUUGGAUUUAAAUGCUUUACUUCCUAUUGGAGAAUUUUCUCUGAACUUUGUUCUUAAUUGGAGAUCUAAUCUCUGUAACAAGUGUUUAAUGAAAACAGCAAGCAAUUAAAAAAUAAACUCCAACUGUUUUAAAACAAAUAAAGAUCAAGAUAUUGAA